CACACCCGGUUGGUUCCUCACACAGAGCUGCAGACAUGCAGGCAGAAGGGCUGAAGGCUUCCACCCUCUGCUCUGGGAGCGCCUGGCACAGGCUUCUGCCGAGGCACAAGGGCACAAGGAGCUGCUGCAGUGUCGGUAGGUGGCUGGGGAGUGCUGAGUUCAGGGGGAGAUGGCUGAGCUUUGAAGGCAGCUCUGGAAGGGAGCUGCAGAGGAGACCCCGAUGUGUGUUGGCACUCCAUGAUGGGGAUGUCCUGUGCCACCGUGGCUCCCUGCAGUGCAUCCCUCUUGCUUUCCAGAGGGAGCAGUGGGCAGAGCUGACAGAAGCUGUUCGGCAGCAGGCUCAGGCCAAGAAUCUGCUCAGGCUCAGGCUCCAGCUCCUCCUGAAGAGAUGGGAACACCUCCAAGAGCCAACGGCUUUGAGCACAAGGAGGAAUAAGUUCACUUCUUGGCUGCAAGUGAGGAAGGCAGAGCGGGCAGAUGAGGCAAAGCCAUCGCUGCUGGAGGAGACGGUGGCCAUGCGGCUGGAUGAGCAGCUGGCGACAUGGAGGAGCAAGAUCACUUCUUGGCUGGGGAGACUUUGUGUGUUCCUCCUCAUGCUCGUGGUGGACAUCUUCUUCCUGGUCCUGCUGAAGAGGGACACCCUUAACUGGGUCCUGCCACUGAAACUGGCGGCCACCCUUGGGAGCCCCCCGGUGAGGACCCGUUUCUUUUGAC